AUGUAUCGAUGGAUCCUCUUGAUUCUGCUUUACAUGAUGAAUCCAGUUGAUGGUUAUAUGUGUCACAAGUGUGCGAGUACAGAUGCUGUUUGGAAUUGGGUGAAAUAUGGGUUGCCAGUGAACCAAGGAGAUUCAAUCGUCAGUGAUGAUAAGUGUCUAGUUGAGAGCAAGUUGAAGAAGGAUGGUGACGCUUGUGCUGGGUACUGUAUGACAAUUAAUAUUACAAGAACAGAUGAAGAGAAUUAUGGAAGGACUAUUUCUAUCGUUCGUGAUUGCCAACCUCGUACAAAAAACCUUCCGGAUUUAAACGAGGACGACGCUCCACUCUGCAUUUCUUAUGAAAAAAUUGUGAACCGCCGAAACGUGAACAUCACCACAUGCUACUGCCGGGGUCACUAUUGCAAUGGACUUGGAUUUUCCGAAGCGACAAGGCAUUCAAAAGCAAUUGAACUUCCACAAAACUCUAUAGAACCUAAAGAGGCUUCUAGUUUUCCUUGGUUUCUCAUUCAUCUUGCUCUGAUUUCUUUUUUAUUCUAA